GAGUGCUACCUUGUCAUUAUUACCCUAACAUCGACCUCGUUGGUUGUGUGGUUCCAGUGGUGGAAGACAAAGGGAAUGUCCUCAAGUCAUGACUUCAUGGUGAUGUCUCUUACUUGUUCUUUUAGUAACCAGGCCAAAUUUCAAUGCUUUCAUUUAUUGGUAUUGUUAUUAGGCUUUAUUAUCUAAGUGGUCAUGGAGGUAUGUACCUACGUAAUAACUAACAGUUAUUCUGUGGAUGAAACAUGUGGCUGUGUGAUGUUUACGAUUACCAUAAUCUUCCCUCCCUUGAACCUGUACUUGGUAACAGUACCAGUAAGGUACCGGUCCGUACUAACCAAACUGGGUCUUGAAAAGCGAAAACUACUUUUUUUCUGUGUUCCGUUCGCCUUCUUUCGCUCAUCUCAUGGGGCCGACCGAUUAAUACUCCAUACGAAGGUAUGUUUAAACAGCCAUAGCUCUCCUCUUGUCUCGUCGAGGUUGGCUGAUUUCUAUUACUCCUUCUUUCUCUCUACUUUUCAGCUGUCAUCUAUUGCCAGCGUGUCUGUCCAAAGUGGCUUGCUGAAUCUGCAGUCAGAUAACCGCCCAAGACCGCCAAGGCCUCCCCUCGUGCCUGUUCCCAAAGCGGCCUGAUCGAUCAUUCUCCUGUCGCUGCUCCUCACGGCAUCAAGUGCUGCUCCCUGUAACCUCGACUGAGAACAGAAAGUUGGCCGCUUCGAGCAUUGGAAUCUUUGCGUUUGGUUUCUUUCUUUGAAACUCAUGAAUCCGCACGAUUCCUUUGUUGAAGCAAUUCUUUCCCUUUCCUUCUAUCUUGCCCUCGCUGCAGCCGCCGGAUACCGCUGCA